GAGACUGGAUGGUCACCUGUCUCACAGGUUGUGCCCAUCUUGAGCUGAAGAAUUCUUCUGAUGUGUUAGCAUCCGAUUAACCAGACUGGCUUUUACGCUGAUGGUAGUCAGAAUUCUGGAGCAGUACCCGGUGAUGUACCAAGUACCGAGUACCUGGAGCAAAACGCCGUGUCGUUUUGUUGUUUCGAUGGUGGCCCAGAACCACCAAGUUCAAGCUGCCGAGAUGGAUCGACCUUGAGUCCAUUCCAAGAGACUAGAGAUUGGUCUUCGCCUAUCGACAAAGGCUUCCAAUCCCUCGUUGACCGUCAACUCAUAGCGUAUACCCUCACUUGCGGAGUCAAAGCAUCACUAGUCUUCGGCAGGCCAAUGGGAGAAAAGAGCAAUGUCAUACAUACUUUGGUGAUGGCUUGUCUGUCCACCUUGUUGCCUUGGGCACACAAUAUGAUCGGUCUUCCCUGCCGAGACAGUCUUCCCGCUCUGCUUAGCCUCGUUCGGUCACAAGGUCAGAAAGAGGCACGAGCCAUGUACCGCAGCACCGCUGGGAUGGAGGACGCCCCUGGGUCAAAGGAGGCAUCAUCCACACCUUGACGGGCCAUUUCUUCACCUUUAUUGGCUACGCUGACGCGGGGAAUGCUCUGGGCUUGGACUUCCUCCAGCCAAACAUGUCCAAAAUAACUAGAGUAGGUUGAGGCCCAUGUGAUGCAGGGUAGGAUUCCUCAACCUCUUGGCCGCCUCUCCUCUGCAACCAAGACUCGAUUCCACGUGGCAGUCUGGGUCCGGGCUGACAUCUGGUGUGGCCAAAAAGUAUUUGACCAGGGCGGCCCGCCUCCCCUCAUCCGAUGGCUCAGUUUUUACACGAACCGGAUCACAGAACGACGAACAUCGGGAACGCCAGUAUCCGACGACCACCGAGACAGGACGCCUCUUGCUAUGAGCCCUAACCCAACCCACCAUCAGAUGUUGUACAAGACUUCACUCGGAAAGAAUUUGGACCUUGUACCACCGGCAACAUAAGUAUCAGCUGAUAUAUCGUAAUCUCGGGCUACCAACGGACUCGGGAAACACAUUGUUCUUUUAGACCGAGCGAACAUUCUGUCAUGGGAGCAGUCAUGGUCGAGACCUAGGCCAGUUGCCUCUCAGGAGAGUAAUGUAUCAAGCACGGAGUACGCUGGGUUUCCUUUGCCCUGUUGGGCCUCGCCUGAAGAAUCAUGGCUCAGCUUUUUCUUGAAUUCUUUACGUCUUGGCAUCUAUUCCAGGUACGUCGUUAUUGACGCUGGGCAUCUCUUGCGUGCUGGUUGUUGCUCUAAGAUUUUCAGAAACACCUCUCGUCUGUCACAUCCAGGCUGAUCUCUUCGGUUGACUGCACUUGAACCCAAUUCACUUUGUCAAUUCGAUUUCUGCACAUUACCCAACAGCUACCCACGCCGGUCAGAGAAUACAUUAAUGGAUGACAGGUCGUCAGGCCGGACUUAUGUAAGGAUUGCCUAACCUGGGACGCGACUGCACACCGAGCGGGAGGCCAGUGACACGUCGUUCGGCGACGUGAGGUUUCACCGUCAAGCCAGCAAAACUGCAAGUUCACCAAUCCCUCUUGACAGACCUCACAAGUCUUCCCAUGUCUGACAGCUGCAAGUCCUGUUGAUCCCUAUUGCCAGCCAUGCCGCGAUUCUGGGGUACUGCUACAGAGCUGCACAGUGCAUGUGUACGGUUGACCUUGAUCAGAUCAGCAUUCCAAGGAAAUUCCACCAUGGCCACGCACCCAUGGUGCUCCCCGAGGGUCAUUGAUGCAAAUGCAUCACACCACUAGCUGCCUUUGGCCAAGGUUAUUGUACACACACACACCGGUCCGGACAUAGAGAAUCAGCAGGAUUCACAGAGCAGCGGGUGCCUAGGUAUGUGGUGCCAACAAUCGAGGAUACACCGCCACUCUUUACAACGCCCUCUCAGGGAAGUCAUCGAGUCGGGAAGAGCAAGGACCUUUUUUUCAGCCAGCCCAAAAUGCAUCUGCAAAAGGAAUCUGCAGCUUGCUGUCACGGGUCGCGCAGAAAUUUUGCCAUUCGCAUGGAGGCUCC